CAGCUGACCUCCCCACAAACAGGAAGAGGAAGCAUCUCUACACUUUAAACAACCAGUCAUGUCACAAUAGCCCACUUUUUAACUUUCAUUUUACAGUGUAAGGACAUCAUCACGUUUAAAACAUGUUUGCUGGAAACGAAGAGGAUGGAGAUUUCUUAUCGCCUUCUGGAGGCGCCAAGCUGGCGUCACUGUUCGGACUAGAUCAAGAAACUAGUCAGGGCAAUGAGUCCUUCCAAUACACUGCUCCUAAGCAACCACGCAAGACCUCCAAUCCAGCACUACCCUCUCAGAAAUCAGCCUCUACUCCUGGAGCUCCAGCAGUGUUAUUUGCUACAGCAGUACAGGCAUUCAGAUAUAUUAAUGGCCAAUAUAUGAACCAGGGGAAGCUCGGUGCUGCGAUACUGGGGACCCACACAACAAAAGAGUACAAGCUCCUUCUAUAUCUGAGCCAACAGAAGCAAGUGACGACUGCCAAGAUUUAUACAGGCUUUGUGUUCACGGUUCAACCCAAUAAUUACUGCACUUUUUAUGAUGACCAGCGACAAAACUGGUCUUUAAUGUUUGAGUCUGACAAGGCCUCAUCUGACUUCUGUAAAGAGGUAUGUCUGGCUAAAGCGAACACUCCCUCUUCUCUGGACUGUGUGGUGUCCCAGGACCUGUCAUUAGGAGAGGGUCAGGGGGUGGAGACUGGGGACUCUCUGGAGGUAGCCUACACAGGCUGGCUCCUGCAAAACCACACCAUCGGACAGAUGUUUGACACAAAUCAGAACAAAGAUAAAUUGCUCCGACUAAAACUUGGUACUGGUAAAGUUAUUAAGGGAUGGGAGGAGGGGAUGCAGGGGAUGAGAAAGUCUGGUCGUCGUCUCAUCAUUAUCCCACCAAACCUCGCGUAUGGAUCCAAGGGAGUCCCAAACCGAGUCCCCUCGAACAGUACGCUCAUAUUUGAGGCUGAGAUCAGAAGGGUCAAGUUUUCAAAGGACAGUGGCUCAGACCGGGGCAGUAGUAAGGACUCGGCUGCCCCCUCUCCUGCCCCUUCUCCUGCCCCCAGCGUGGAGAGUCUGGCUCCCGAACCCAUUACACAACCUCAACCAACCCCCACGGGACCAGGAAGACCAACGGAACCACCACUACGAGCAAAGUCCAACUCUCUUAGUGAACAGCUUGCCCACCCAGAUGCCACUAAAGCAAAGUUGAUUUCUCGAAUGGCGAAGAUGGGACAGCCAAUGUUGCCUUUUAUAACCGGAGUGACAAGCCAACCUGAAUCCAGUGACUCUGAACUUGAGGACACCAGUGGUUCCAAGCUGAAGGAGCGACCCGCUGUCCCCUCCCCAGUUCAGAUGACCACAGCUGCUUCAGGGUCUGGUCUGCACACAGUACAUCCUCACCCCCACUCUACUCCUGCUCCUUCUGCCUUACUUCCAGUAAGCUCCGUGGCCUCCCACACCCACCCUGGGACUGUCCACGCCUUCCAGCCAUACCCCUACACUCAGCCCUCCACACCCGCCUCCCAGCUGCAGCCUGUGGGCCCAAUCUACCCCCCUCAGACUGUAUCGUACAUGGGCUCCGGUGAUGUGACUUCUUUCCUGAUGACUGAGGCUCGGCAGCACAACACAGAGAUCCGGUUAGCCGUCUCAAAAGUGGGAGAUAAAGUGGAUCAGCUGUCCACAAAGAUCGAUGAGCUGCAGAGACAGGGAAACCCCAUGAUGGCUGUACCAUCUAUGUCAAUGGAAACCUCUAUGAUCAUGCAGAGCAUCCAGAGACUUGUUCAGGAGAAUGAAUGUCUAAAGAAGGAAGUUUUUGACAAAAGUUCACGAAUCGAGGAACAAAAUCACAAAAUUGGAGAGCUCAUCAACCAAAACCAGAGAUACAUGGAGCAGAGCCACCUGCUGCUGGAACAGAGGAACGACUCGCUCAAAUCCACCAGUGAACACAACACACAAAAACUGCUGCAGGCCGAGCAGGAGAAGGUUCGACUCACGGAGGAUUUGGCUGCGUCCACGGCGCGCUUGGCUCAGCUGCAGUUGGAAGUUUCUGCCCAUCAGCAGAAGUCUAUGGAGCUGCAAACCAAACUGAGCUCAACCCUGCAGGAAAAUGAAAACCACGGAAAACAGGUCACAACACUGCAGAGUCAAGUGGAAGAGCUGAAGGAGGAGGCAGAGAGACACCAGGCUCAGUAUCGCUCAGAGAAACAAAAACGCAAAGAACUGGAGAUCAGGGUGAACAACAUGGAGGAGGAGGUGCAGGACCUGAAGACUGACAAAGAAAGUCUGGAGAGAACUCUCUUGGAGCGUAAAAGCAAGUGGCAGGCGGAGCGUCAGCAUAGAGACGAGGAGCUGGAGGAGCUACGCAGGAGCAGUCAGCAGGAAAUGGACAACCUGCGCACUCAGCUGCGCAAGGCCCGAACCAGUAACGACAAUGCCGCAUCUGAGCAGUUGUCCCAGCUGCAGGCAGAGCUGGAGGAGGAAUGGAGAGGGAAGUGUGAUCAAGCAAUAACUGUGGCCAAACAGCAGCACAACAGAGAGCUGAGUGAAGUGACAGAGCAGAGGGACGCCCUGCAGGACCAGCUCAAACAGCUACAGGACAAGUUUGCACUUCUUAAACAGUCCAAAGAGUUAGAAGACCAGACUUUACUUCAGCAGCAGAGUCAAGCUGAGGAACUACAUGCUCUUCAAGAAAAAUACACAGCAUUGGAAAGACGAGCGGCAGCAGCUCAGGAUAAACUUCAGCGGAGAGUGACUGAACUAGAGAAUCAAGUAGAAGAGAAGGGGAGUUCAACUGAUACUGCUGCAGAGGUGAAGCGUGUGAUGAAUGGUGUUUUCCAUUCACUUCGAGGGGAGUUUGACCUAAAUGAGUCGUACAGUGGACAGGCCAUACUGGGUGUGAUAGUCACAACCAUUAAAAAUGUAACACUGCAGCUGCUGAGUGGGUCAGUGGAGCAGCCUUCAGUGACGUCCAGUAAAAAGGAUGAGGAUCGAGAGUCAGAAGAAACAACAGAAGAAGGAACUACACAAGAAGAAAGUAUUCACUUGAACGGAGAGAGAGAAGUUGGUGACGUGGAAGAGAAAGUGGAAGAGAAAGUGGAAGAGAAAAAGGAAGAGCAAGUGGACAAAGAAGUGGACGAGCAAGUGGACAAAAAAGUGGACGAGCAAGUGGACAAAGAAGUGGACAAAGAAGUGGACGAGCAAGUGGACGAGCAAGUGGACAAAGAAGUGGACGAGCAAGUGGAUGAGCAAGUGGACGAGCAAGUGGACGAGCAAGUGGUACAUGUGGCAGAGACAGAGAAAGUUGAUCAAAUGGAACUAGUUAAAGACAAAGUGGUACCAGAGGAGAAGACAUCAGAAACUGAAAUAUCUAGAGAAGUGCACUCAGAAGAAGAUACAGAAAAUCUAAAGACUAUUAGUCAGUCUACAGCAGCUGAGAAGGAGGAAGAGAAAGAGAUGCAGCCAGAAAAAGAAAUUUGUCCACAUCAAACAAAAGUGGCAAAAGAGGACAUUGCUAAACCAUCGAAAAUUGAAGGGAAGCAUGAUCAGAGUUUACCAAAUGAAGUUUCAGUUGAGGUGGUGACCAGUGAAAAUGCAGUAGUCAAGACUGAUGUGGAGACAGAGAAAGAGGAACAGCAUGACCAAGUUACAAGCUCUCCCAAAUCUUUUGGACCACCGACGAACCCCCCUCCGCCUCCGAACCCACCACACGACACUCCAACUGAAGAUACAAGUCUGACUGGGAGAAUGGAGGAGGAAAAUGGAGAGGAGCCAUUUUUCGAUGUUCCCGUUAAACCCCCUGAGCCGGCCCACGAGGAUGAGGAGGAGGAAGAACUGAGCUUGAAGGGACGUCCUCCUCCUGCUCCACUGUUCGGUGAAGAUGACGAUGAUGAUGAUUUGGACUGGCUGAACUGAGACAAAACAAACCAUUUUGGACAUGAAAUAUUUGCUGUUUCUGAAGAUCUCCUGUUCAUGAACUUUUUACUUGAAGUCAGACAUCAGGAGCGACAACUGCUGCCUUAACUGCAUAACAGAAUAAUUCAUUCUGAAAAGGAAUAGUUCAGUAUUUUGGAAAUUACUAUGUCAUAAAAAUACAGUUAGAAUGAUUUUCUAAAUGUAGCAUGUUCUAUUUGGCUCGAAAGUUUUCUAUCUACCACACAAAUUAUUCCAUAAGUGCCUCAUUCGAUUGAAUUUCAAAAAUACUGAACUAUCCCUAUAAUAAAAGCAUUGACAUGCAAAUGUACACAAAACGGUUUUAGAUAAUUAUGUGAUUUCUGAUGGUGUCUUAAACUUUGUACGAGCUACAGUAGCAUGCUAGAUUAUUUAAUUAGCACAUUUUGAGCAUAUGUUCCAAUCUGUACAAUGUCUUUUUUUUGUAAUCUUGCUGCUUUAAAAUUGUCUUUUACACAGAUUUGCUAAUAUGACAUUAAUUAUUGCAAAUAAAUUACAUAAAAUAUU